ACAAUCACGAUGCUGCUGCUGCAAUUGUUCGUUCGAAUCUGUUAGAAGAUUGUUGCCCAAAAAAAAAAAAAAGAAUCUGUUAGAAGAUCUGGAUAAACUUAAUAACUAGUCUCGGAGUCUCACACUUCGAAGUGUUAGAAGCAUCCAGAAGAGCUGAAUGCAAUCCCAUAGAUUCUUCCCAACCCUUCAGGUUUCAUAAAGAUGUACGGGUCGGAGUAGCUUCUAGCCAGUGCUAUGAUCUAAUAAUCUAUUUUAUGCACAUUGAAAUGAAUGUAUCGAAGUAUCCUCAGUCUGUCAAACUUGGUUCUCUAUAGAUAGAUCAAAUCAAUGAAUCAUAGAGGCAGAGAAAACGAGGGGGCCGCUCAAAGGUCAAGUGCUAUUGCCCUUUUUUUGGGUUGAGAUUUUGCAGUGCAAAGCUAGCCAUUGAGGUAGCUUCAAAAAGCACUGGUAUUCAAAGCUCCAAUUUAUGGCUACACCAUUUUUGGCUGGCCUUGCUGUGGCUGCUGCAGCUCUUGCUGGUAGGUAUGGCAUUCAAGCUUGGCAAGCUUUCAAGGCACGGCCCCCAAAACCCAGAAUACGGAAGUUCUAUGAAGGUGGUUUCCAGCCAACUAUGACAAGAAGAGAAGCAGCUCUAAUUUUGGGUAUCAGGGAAAAUGCUACUCCAGACAAGGUGAAGGAAGCACAUAGAAAGGUAAUGGUGGCAAACCAUCCUGAUGCAGGUGGCAGUCAUUAUCUCGCUUCCAAAAUAAAUGAAGCCAAGGACGUGAUGCUCGGCAAGACAAAGGGCAGUGGAUCUGCAUUUUAACACGGCUUCCAACCGUCGUGUUCUCGAACACGUCAUUACUAAGGUCACCAGAAGAUGUCCAGUGCCAGAGAAAGGCUGAAUUUACGCUGCACAUCAAGGAGAAUGGUUCCAAGUGUUAAUGCUCUUGUCAAAAAUUAAAGAGUUGGAAAAAAUAAAAAAAGAAAUAAUGCAUAUCCCUUGACGAAUAUAUCUGUUAGUAACUCUGAAAUUCAGAAAUUGUUUCUUCAGACUCACGCCCUCAUCAGUUUCCAUUUCAAGCAUUCUAACCAUUUUUCCUUAAUUGAGAUGCUCAUUUAUACAUGCCUCUAUUGGUUUGAGCAAGAUUUUUGGUAGGGCAUUGUGCGAUUAGUGUAGAGAAGUUCAAGAAGUUAAGCCUAGUUAGAGAGUUGGCAGAUGGCUUACGGCUGGAGCUCUAUCCAAGAAUUUUCUUAUGAUUUGUUUUCAUAUUUUAAUUGGAGUUUUCAUCAUUACGCUUACACAAAGUAAACAAGUGCGCAACUCCAAUAUCAAAAGUUGUCAUCAAUUGGCAUUUCCUACUUGAGAAAAAAGUUGUUAUUAAUUGUUUGUUUUUCUAA